AUGAAUACGGCUAUUUACGACUGCAUUGACCCAACUGCUCAAGAACCAAGGAGAACCAAAGAGGCCCAAUGUUUAGACCCAAGCUACGAGAACCCGGACACUUACCAUGGAACAAGAACCCCACAUGCUGCUGAAAGCUGGUUACGAUCUGUACAACGUUAUGCUGAUGUGACUGGAAUGGAUGAAGUUGACCGAGUCAAUAUGCCAUCAAUCUUUUUCGAGGAGAUGCUGACACAUGACGAAUUUCGACCUCGCAAUGCCAAACAGACUGCACGUGAUCCGAUUGUGGCUGCAUUGACACAAACUGGCACCGUUGAAGAAUAUCUUUGGACCGUUUUGUACGAGAGAUUGGCUGAAAACGUUCAAGUCUAUGUACACUUGCCAAUUCCCGACCACAACUGCACAAGCUGA